AUGGUUAAUAACGAGAUUGUAUCUGCUAUGUCACCAUCUGUAAGACCAUAUUAUGACAAGAAAAGAAUCAGCCAUGCUUUGAGUCUUCUAUCUGAUGUUUUAAGAUCUCAAAGACAAUCAAAAAGAAAGAUAAGUUUUAUUGUACUUCUUUUCAUUUAUUGUGAGGUUCAUCCUAAAAGAUUAAUUAAAACUGGAGCUUUUGGUAUGUUAAGAUUGUACAUGAAAACAUUUAAAAAGAAGGCUGAUUCACGUGCAAAAUACAUUUAUAAAUGUUGGAAACCAGGUUGUAAGGAAUAUAUGAAAGAAAACAGUGUUGAUUAUUAUGGAAAACCAAUUAAAGAUUAUAAUGUAAAUGAAGAAUAA